AUGUUAAACGAAUGUCGCCGACAGUAUGCUGAUGAUGAUAUUGAACUGCUUCGAAUUCAAGAAUUUGAAAACACGUACGAGGCGUGCAAAGAAUAUAGAGCGAUAUUUUGGUAUACUCGACCGUGUUUUCUCUACCGUUUACUCAACAAAGCAUUUCGAACAGAACAAAUGUGUGAAAUUUACAAGUUUCGAUAUUUCAUCCGUGAUUUACAUGCGGAACUACAACACCUUUAUUCUCCAUUUAUUCAAAGCUUAACGGCUUACAAAGCUACUUUAGUAGUUUACAGAGGCCAAUUUCUACAUGCCUUUGAAGUUGAAAGAUUGAAGCGUUCUAUCGGCAAGUUAAUCUCAAUGAAUUCAUUCAUUUCGACAACGAUUAAUCGAGAGCUUGCACUAAUAUACGCUGGAAACGGCUCAGAGAGCCCACAAAAGGAGUCUGUCUUAUUUAAAAUAAAAAUUCAUUUGAAAAGCACUAAGCCAUUUGCUAAUAUAGAACAAUUCAGCUGCCUGAAGGAUGAAAAUGAGAUAUUGUUAUCCGCAGGAGCUGUGUUUCGUGUUGUUUCGGUUGAAGAGAUUAUGAAUUCUACUCAUAAGAAUACGGUAUGGAAUGUAGAACUUGCACUUGAAUCAGAUGUAAUUCUUAAUGUGUUAGCCCGGUUUACAAAUGAGUAUGACUUAUCACUUUCACCGUUACUGGCUCUGAAAGACUUUAUGAAACAAGUGAAUAAUGCUGAGCUAGCAAAAGAAUAUUAUGCAAUUUUACUGAAAGAGUUACCAACUGCGCAUAUAGAAUACGCUGAAGCAUUGAGCACUGUCAGCCAACGAUUAGAGGAUGAAGAUGAUUUUGAACAGGCGUUGGACCCUUUAGAAAGAGCUAUAAAUACAUACCAAACACUUACUCAGGAUGAUUUGAUUUAUAUUACAUUGUACGAGCGCUUAUCGAACCUAUAUUCAAAUUUAUUAAGAUGGAAUGAUGCGUUAAAUAGUAGCAAUCAAGCUCUGGAAUUUGCACUACGAGUUUUUCCUGAAGAUGAGCAACGUGUUCAACAAAUUCGGCAAACGAUAGCUACGUUAGAGAGAUCAAGAUUUCAAUCAACUGCGAGAGAUCCAGAACGGUGA